UUCGUGUAUGGCCUUCGUGCUGGCCUUCAUCCACGGAGCAAUGUCACAAGGCCUGACCUGCAAUAACCCGGCCGACAUCAUGUUUCUACUGGACGGAUCCGACAGCAUUGAUCAGCGGGAAUGGAAACUCGAGCGAGAUUUCGUGGCCCGGAUGGUGAACUCCCUGAACAUUAGCCCUGGCACGAUCAAUGUAGGGUUUACCGUAUACAGUUCUGACAUCGACCAGCAUGUCGGACUCCGACCCUUCAAACCCCGCCUCGUCCUCAACGCCAUGGCUAAGAAUCUGGCACGCCCGACUGGCAUUGCCACAAACACCGCCCGCGGCAUCGCAAAGGUCCGGGAGGCAUUCCGGAACCAGUCACCCGAGAGAGCGAAUUCUCCAAAGAUCAUGAUAGUAAUCACGGACGGCUCGUCGGAAAACCCGGCGGAGACGAUCCGACAGGCGGGCCUUGCAAAGCAAGACGGGAUAAAAAUUAUCACUGUCGGCGUUGGGAAAAAUAUUUUUGAGGAGGAGCUGCGGGAAAUUGCGACCAAUAAGCAGAAGUACUACAACUCACCGGAUUUCGCCGCGCUCAGUGGGAUAGAGUCGCAAAUCAGGAACAUGAUCUGUAAAGUGAUCACGACCACAGUGAGACCAUACACGUUCGGACCGCCCACGCCCCCUCCUACCAGGUUCCCAUUGGCUGAAAACAUAAAGUGCAACAACCCUGCCGACAUCAUUUUCCUGAUUGACGGCUCUGACAGUAUCAGCGAUGCCGACUUUGUUCGCCUCAAGAACUUCGUGGUUCGCCUCAUCGAAAACUUCGAGAUCACCAAUGACGCCAUCCACGUGGGCAUGAUCGUCUACAGUACUCUCAUUGGGAAUAAAGUGCCUUUGUUCCCUUUCAAGAACAAGUUUGUUCUGAAGAUGCUCACUAAGAACCUGGAACAUCCCAAGUUUGGCACAGACACGGCUGCCGGGGUGGCGGCUGCGCGCGACAUGCUACGGACCCAGGGCCGCCCGGACGCGCCAGAAAUGAUCGUGGUUAUUACGGACGGCCGCUCCGCUAGUCCCCGCAACACCAUUAUACAAGCGGGUAUCGCUAAGGCCCAAGGUAUAACGAUGAUCUCUAUCGGUGUCGGGAAGGACAUCUUCUCGGAGGAACUGAGGCAGAUCGCCAGUGGCCCCAACUACGUUUCCGAGGUAGCGGACUUCAAGGGGUUGGAAAACAUCGUGAACGUCCUGCGAAACCUUAUCUGUACAUCAAUAACAACACCAGCGACAACAACAACAACGAUGCUACCACCAACACCACCUCCAUCAAUACCGCCGCCAGCUGAUGGUCUUAUCUGUAACGUGCCGGGUGACGUCAUGUUCGUGUUGGACGGCUCGAACAGCAUCAAGCCGAACGAUUGGAUCCGACAGAGGAACUUUGUCGCCAACCUUAUCAGCCACCUCGAGGUAGGUCCGGAAUACAUUCACGUAUCUGUGGUCGUGUACAGCACAACGAUCGGUGACGUCAUCCCUCUAAUCCCCUUCCGCUCCAAGUUCAUGCUAAAAAGGAACGUGGCGCAGCUUACACAGCCUCGCUUUGGCACGGACACCGCUCUCGGUAUCCAGCGCGCUCGAGAAAUCCUCAAAGGCCAAGGUCGUGCGGACGCGCCCAGCAUCGUGAUCGUGGUCACGGAUGGAAAGUCCACCUACCCUAAGAACACCGCCAUGCAGUCUCUAAUGGCCAAGGCAGACGGCGUUACGAUGAUGGCGGUGGGAGUUGGUGCUGACACCUAUGAAGACGAACUGAACCAUAUAGCGAGCUCCAAUAGCUUAGUGUAUAACGCCCCAGACUUCGCCUCCCUCAUGAAGAUCAUCGGUAAACUCAGGGAUAGCAUCUGUCAAGUGGUGCAGACAACGACGAUUGCGCCGACGACGACUACAAUGCCGACUACGACGACAACACAGAUGACGACCCCAAGAAUGUUCCCGCUCUAUCCAUGCCAAGAGAGUAUGACGGAGGCUGACGUCAUGUUCCUUGUGGAGGGCACGCGUACAAUGGCGCCGUACGACUGGAUGAUGAACACGCACCUCGUGUCGAACUUUCUAGAAGCCGUGCACGUGCAGCGCCAAUACGUGCACGUGGGUGUCGUCGUCUCGGACUCUACACGACCGGACGCGAUCGGGAUCUCGCCGUUCAAGACUAAGGCGUAUUUACGGAGUGCUAUCCAGAGCCUGGUCCACCCUGCUGGGGACAUGGACACUGUGAGCGGGCUGCGAAAGGUGCACGAGGCAUUUACCAAUCAGGGCCGUCCCGGCAGUCAGAAAAUACUGGUGUACCUGACGGACGGCCAGUCGCGCUCCAUGGCCGAUACGCAGAGGGAGGCCGCGAAGCUGAAGAACCAGGGUGUGGACAUCGUCGCUUUUGGUGUCGGGCCGCGAGUUAGCCGGAUGGAGCUGGACUCCAUGGCGACCAGGCCGGGCCUAACCAUCACAACACCCUCCUUCGACAGCUCAUUUGGGCAGCUGCGUCGCCUCCAGGGACUUGUCUGCGAACUGAUGCGGAGAACAACAACAUCAACGACCACGCAACUGCCCACCACCACCCCGGCACCAGGUGAUCUAUGUGCAGGUUGCCUCGUGGACCGCGGUGUCGGGUUUACUCCACUUCCCGGAGACUGUACCAAGUAUGUGCAGUGCUGGAGGGACGGAAUGGACGUCAGAGCGCUCGUGCGCUCGUGCCCGUUCGGGCAGUACUGGGACGCAGACGCAAUCACGUGCAGGCCUUCAUUCCUCGUCAGGUGCACGGCAGAUCCGUGUGUGUACGCGGACUCCGGCUUCACAUAUGGAAUCCCGGAGUACGGUUGCCGUGGCUACUGGAAGUGUAUCGACGGAUUCAGCGUGGGCCAUUGCUGUCCUACCGGAAGUGCGUACGUGGAGGGACUUGGUUGCCUGGAGACUGCCUCGUGCGUGGAGGACUGUCCGCCCAAACACGGCACCGCCCUGCAACCGACAUGUGACCGGAAACCCCAUUGGGACAAGCGGUACUAUAUCGAGAUCGUGUACGGAAGAGGCGAGGUGGUUCGGCCAUGUCCGGCGGGCACGGUAUUUUACGAAAACAAGUGCGAAUGUGACUUCGGCCUCUCCGGACUGCAACCAGCAAACCCCGAGUUGCUAUGCCAGCCCUUGGCCUCAUUCCCGUUUAACCUUGACCUUGAAGACAAGUCCCUGCUGGGUGCUAACGUGGGGGUGAACGGUGUACGACGGACGGACCUCGGCACCGCGUAUUUUAACGGAAACAGCAACAUGAACCUUUGGCGCUUCGCAAACGCAGACUGGGGCAAUCAACUGGUGAUCAAGUUCAAAUUCCGGAUGGCGUACAGCGACCAGCGGGUUGACUACGGAAGACUUCCGGUGGACUAUGGCGUGGAGGGCGACUUGUCCCAGAUCGUCACAGAUCAUCACAUGACUGACAUGGACUGGCGCCUCUGGGAUCAGCUAAGACAGGUGCGAACCCUGGAUGACUGGCAGCGGCUGCUGAAGGAGUUCGGCCAGUCACGGACCUUCUACAUCUUCCUGGGCACGCUCGGAUUCAAGCCGGGAACCAGUGACUCCCACCAGGUCGUCCGUGUGCUCAGCACACCGGAAGCAUUCGCCGAGUUCAAGGUUCUUCUGGAGAAAAUGCGCGCGCGAAUGAAUGGUGGAGUGGACGUGGACCGGAGCUCGGCGACGGGACUGCGGAACAUUCUCACGCUACUGCGGUCCAUGCGCGGCCUUGUCAACUGGGAGGAAAUCGUCCGACGAUUGCGCGGGGAGCAGACAACAACUCCCUCCACUGUCGCCGGCUCCACCGCAGAGAUGACAGGGUCAGGUGAGUGGAUCUGGGACGGACGGACGGGUCGGUGGAUCCGCAUUCAGAUUUCCGGUCGCGCGCCAAGCGGCCCAACUGGCUUCGGGACCGGGGCGAACCUGCUCAACAUAGGCGGAACCGCCACCACCUCUGACUGGCAUUUUAACGCGCAGACAGGUCAAUGGGAGCGUUAUGCUGCAGUUGAUGCGAGCGGCGGCGUCCAUGGUGGGUUGCACCUCCACACGGAAUCUUCCGUCAACACGGCGGGCGGACAGCUGUCACAGCAAGGAGGUGUGGGCGGUGUCAAUUCCUGGCAGUGGGACGCACGGGGCUCCCAGAGUCCGCUUACGGGAACUGGAAACCAGUCCACGACCGGAAAUGGAUCUGUUACAGGAAGUACCGGCACCGGUAGUCUCACGUGGAAAGAUAUCGUACAGAUGUUGAUGAACAACCAGAAUUCGACUUCUGGCACGUGGCAAUGGACGACUCAGGGAGCUUCCGGCAGCGCAACGCGGGAUGCAAACCAGCGCGCGCUUGAGGGACUCCUUAACAACCUUAAUCUUGGAGGCGGUGCCAACGGCGGAGCCUCCUGGGAGUGGGGCGCCUCUUCCGGCGGAAGUAGUGGUGGCCAAGGUAACGGAAGCAGUUUGGAGGGGAUGAUGCGGGAGCUAGGAAGGCGACUGACGCUAGCGGCCAGGGACGGUACAUUGAACACCAGCGCCACAGGCGGCGCGGGAUCGCUGACCUUGCUGGACCUCCAGAAUAUGAUAACUGGGAUGGAGGGAGCGGCAACGGGUGGUAACUCCGGGAUGACCUCAAGCACCGCAGGCGGCGCGGGCACUCUGAGCAUGCUUGAUUUCCAGAAAAUGAUGACGGAGAUGGAAAGAGCUGCUACGGGCGGUAACUCUGGAAUGAGCUCCAGCACCACAGGCGGCGCGGGAACGCUCACCAUGCUAGAUCUCCAGAAAAUGAUGACGGAGAUGGCUGCCAAAGGCGGUAACUCCGGGACGAGCGCCAACUCCUUCGACGUUUCGGCUGGGUUCUCUCCCUCCGGUACAACAUAUACAGGCAUUAACGCUGACCUGGCAGGUCUUGACGGCGCCCAGGUGAAGGCGCUCAUGGAGGAGAUGGCGCGGGCUAACCAGGGCGGCACCGGGUAUUUCAAUAUAUCGGGGGAGUUCACAUCAUCCGGAGGCACAAUCGGAGGCGGUACUAUGUCGGGAACGGGCUUAAACACGACGGACCUAGACGCCAUGUUGCGUCAGCUGCAGGCGGGUUUCGGUGGGUCUUCCGGUACCGGCGUGACCUCGGGCACCAGCGGGAACUCUGGUGCUGCCAACACUGCCAACAGUCUCUACUGGACAAGCUCGACAGGUGGUACGGGAUCUGGCGGCUCCAAGUUUGACGCCUCCCUCAUGAGCGGCCUGCUCAAACAGCUAAAGGACCAGAUGACCAAACAGCAGCAACAACAACAACAAUCCGGAAGUUUGGGAAUCGACACAGCUGGGUUAUUUUCGUCAGGAGGAAGUUCAUUUACAGGUGGACAAACGGGUGGAACGGCCGGCUGGACGGGUGGACUUUCUGGAGGUUCCAUGACUGGCGACGCUUCCAGUGGUUGGACGGGCGGUCUGUCCGGAGGCUCAAUGGGUGGCGGCGCUUCCGGUGGUUGGACGGGCGGUCUGUCCGGAGGCUCAAUGGGUGGCGGCGCCUCCGGUGGUUGGACGGGCGGUCUGUCCGGAGGCUCAAUGGGUGGCGGCGCUUCCGGUGGCUGGACAGGCGAUCUAUCUGGAGUGUCCACGGGUGAGGGUACUUCCGGAGGCUGGACGGGCGACCUGUCUGGCGGCUCAAUGGUUGGUGGUACUUCCGGUGACUGGACGGUUGGUGACUCUCAAUGGACCGGCGGUCUGACCGGCGGUGCAGCUGCGAGCGGCGGAUCAAAUAGAGGUGUUGCCGCUGGAGGUGGCUCUAAAUGGACGGUCCAGGAGCGGAUUGAGAACCAGAGGCCGCAGGUCACCAACACCCUCUCCGGCGGUCGUGUUGUGGGUGGACAAUUUACUGUGGAAAAUCUUCCUACCGGCAUCGCAGGCGGACUUGGGGCGGCGGGCGCAGGGUUAUCUGGAACUUCUGGAUCGUUCACAGUGGAGCGUUCAGCUUCUGGCACGGUAGGCAACCAGCAGGCGUCCACAGUUAACACUGACGCUUCGCAAGCUAUAAAUACACAAAUCUCUGAUAACAAAAACGCAAACGCCGCUUCUAUGUUGGCUUCCGUUAACACGCAAGACGCCAGCGCAACGGGGUUAUCUCCCCAGGGCACCAUUUCCGUUCAGACCGGCCCGGUUCAAUCGACACAGGAAGCAAGGUUCACACUCUCCGGACCGUCGAGUAACGUAGUCAGUACCGCCGAAGUCAAAACCGCAAACAGCAUGGGAAGUGCGGGAACUUUCACCAUCAACGGAAACGCGCCGGGCGGUAAGACAGUGUCAAGCAGUGGCGGUGGUCAGUCGUUUAGUGUCCGUCAGACGUCCCAGGGGCUGCCGCUCCCUAGCGGUAGGUCCAGCACCGGGCGCGUGGUCAAGGUGGAGACAACUGUACAGGGCACGGGCACAGGUAUCGUUAACCGGUCCGCGCCCCGGGGUGCGUCUGCACCGGGUGUGAGCAAGCACGAGGAAGGGAAGUUCCUCGGACUGCAUGUACCCGGAGAUGGGAGCUUUAUCAACGGCGCCACAGUCAUGAAUCGCGGUCGGUCGGGUGGCUUCGGGGGCAGGGCAUCUAUGCAGGGAACCGGCAUUUUAACCGACGUAUCUGGAAUGUCGGGCGGCGAUUUCACGCAGAUGGGGAAAGUUGUCGGUUCCGGUGGCGGCGUCCGUCGCAUCAUCGACACCAAUGUUAAGCGACUUCCAGCGGGUGACGUCAAUUUCAACCCUGACGGUGGGGUCAGCCUAGCGUCUCUGGGACUGGGCGGUACAGAAGGAAAGAAUAUUAUCCGGCAUUCGGUUCGCGUGCAGCCGGCGGAGACGGGGCAGUUUACCGGUGGAACGGCGGUCGGCGGUGAGUUCUUCGGCACCUCUUCAUCCGCUGGCGGAGCAACUUCAAGUGGAAGUGCAACUUCCGGUGGAAGUACACAGGGAGGCUUUUUCAGCGGGGGCCAAGGUGGUUCUAUGGGUGGAGGGGCGUCGGGUGGAUGGGGUGCAUCCAACGACCUACUUCCGUUCAUGGUAUCAGAAAACUUGUGGGACGGGGUCACGGGCAAGAGGAGAAAAAGGUCUACUCGGAGAAGGCGCCAAGCUAAAAGCACCAACCGCUCGGCGUACCAGGCUCUGGUGACAAACUGUCAGGGCCAGGCCGGCCGUCCGUCCAUCAUGGUGGUCGCCAACAACAACGACGUCAAAUUCGCCAUCAAGACGUACAAUAACGAGCCUGCUGUCAUCAACGUCCCUGCGGUUGAAGGUUGGAAUGACGUCACGCUCGUGUACGACGGUCAGACGUUAACAGGCAUCGUGGAGAACUGGAAGGGUUUCCACCGGUCGUCCGUCAACCUUAAAGGAAACGUAGAGCGGCGACAGGCGGGGCUGCUGGUAGGAUCAUGCGAGGGCUUCCAGAGUUUCCAUGGUGAAAUCGAUGACUUGACUGUCUACAAAUGUUUGACGCCCGAAAUUCAAGCUCUUAGAGAUCAGGUUUUACAGAAAAAGAAGUAAUUACUGACAAACAUUUAUAUGUAUAUAUGUGAGUGUGUUGUGAAAAGGACAAAUUUUGCGAAACACUCGCAAGGUGCAUCUUUAAUAUUGUUGCGUUGUAUUUCCUUAUUAUGCACAUAUCAUUAUUAAGUUUGUAGUUUGAGAUAGAGAGACAUGACUGUAAAGUUUUGCUGAGAUAAGUUUAUUAAAAUCUUAGAAACGUAAUCUCAAAUGUAAAUAACUAGUCGUAGCUAUUUAUUGUUAGAGAGAAUCUUGUUGACAACAAAGCUUUAGCAUUUUCUACUGAGCUGAUUUCGAGUGUUUGAUAUGUAUACAAAAUAAAAAUACAGAAUAUU